AUGGGAUCUGACCGGUCGUGUGUUUUGUCUGUGUUCCAGACCGUCCUCAAGCUCGUCAUCUUCGUGGCGAUCUUCGGGGCUGCCAUCUCGUCACGUUUGUUUGCCGUCAUCAAGUUCGAGUCCAUCAUCCAUGAGUUUGACCCCUGGUUUAAUUUCCGGGCCACCAAAUACCUGGUCAACAACUCGUUUUAUAAGUUUUUGAACUGGUUCGACGACCGUACCUGGUACCCCCUCGGUAGGGUCACUGGGGGUACCUUGUACCCGGGCCUGAUGACCACCAGUGCGUUCAUUUGGCACGCAUUGCGCAACUGGCUUGGGCUACCCAUCGAUAUUAGGAACGUUUGUGUCUUGUUUGCGCCACUGUUUUCCGGGGCCACCGCCUGGGCUACCUACGAGUUUACCAAGGAAAUCAAAGACGCCAGUGCCGGGCUCCUGGCUGCGGGCUUCAUCGCCAUUGUCCCCGGCUACAUUUCUAGAUCCGUGGCUGGAUCCUACGACAACGAGGCCAUCGCCAUCACUCUGUUGAUGGUCACUUUCAUGUUCUGGAUAAAGGCUCAGAAGACCGGCUCCAUCAUGCAUGCCACCGCUGCCGCGCUAUGCUACUUUUAUAUGGUCUCCGCCUGGGGUGGCUACGUGUUCAUCACCAACCUGAUCCCACUCCACGUCUUCCUACUGAUCUUGAUGGGUAGAUACUCGUCCAAGCUGUAUUCCGCCUACACUACAUGGUACGCCAUCGGGACCGUUGCAUCCAUGCAGAUCCCCUUCGUCGGCUUCUUGCCCAUCAGAUCCAACGACCACAUGGCCGCAUUGGGAGUCUUCGGCUUGAUUCAGAUCGUCGCCUUUGGUGACUUCAUCAAAGCUCAAGUUAGCACGGCUAAAUUCAAAGUCAUCAUGAUGGUCUCUUUGAUGUUGAUCCUGGUCGUCGGUGUCGUUGGCCUUUCCGCCUUGACUUACAUGGGGCUGAUUGCUCCUUGGACGGGCAGAUUCUAUUCGCUAUGGGACACCAACUACGCCAAGAUCCACAUCCCCAUCAUCGCCUCUGUUUCUGAACAUCAACCUGUCUCGUGGCCUGCCUUUUUCUUUGACACCCACUUCUUGAUCUGGCUGUUCCCCGCGGGCGUAUUCCUGCUCUUCCUCGACUUGAAAGACGAACACGUCUUUGUCAUCGCGUACUCCGUCCUGUGUUCAUACUUUGCAGGUGUCAUGGUUAGACUGAUGUUGACUUUGACACCCGUUAUCUGUGUGUGCGGUGCCGUGGCGUUGUCCAAGAUCUUUGACGUUUAUUUGGAUUUCAAAGCUAGCGACCGCAAAUCCGUCGCCAAGCCAAGUGCCAUACUAGCCAAAUUGGUUGUUUCCGGAUCGUUCGUCUUCUACUUGUACCUUUUCGUCUUCCAUUCUACUUGGGUAACGAAAACCGCAUACUCUUCUCCAUCCGUUGUUUUGCCAUCGCAAACCCCAGACGGUAAGUUGGCUUUGAUCGACGAUUUCAGAGAAGCCUAUUACUGGCUAAGAAUGAACUCCGAUGAGGACAGCAAAGUCGCAGCAUGGUGGGAUUACGGUUACCAAAUUGGUGGUAUGGCCGACAGAACGACUUUGGUCGACAACAACACCUGGAACAACACUCAUAUCGCCAUUGUUGGUAAGGCUAUGGCCUCCCCAGAGGAAAAGUCAUACGAAAUCCUAAAGGAACUCGAUGUCGACUACGUCCUGGUCAUCUUCGGUGGCCUAAUUGGGUUCGGUGGUGAUGACAUCAACAAAUUCCUGUGGAUGAUCAGAAUUAGUGAAGGUAUUUGGCCUGACGAGAUCAAAGAACGUGACUUCUACACCCCAGAAGGUGAAUACAGAGUGGAUUCAAGGGCCUCGGAGACUAUGAGAAACUCGCUACUGUACAAGAUGUCCUACAAGGAUUUCCCACAAUUGUUCAACGGUGGUCAAGCUACCGACAGAGUACGUCAACAAAUGAUCACCGCACAAGACGUCCCUCCAUUAGACUACUUUGAUGAAGUGUUUACGUCCGAAAACUGGAUGGUCAGAAUAUAUCAAUUAAAGAAAGACGAUGUCCAAGGUAGGUCUUUGAAAGACGUUGGUGACCUAACCAGAGCUUCUACAAAGUCAAGAAGGUCUAUCAAGAGACCUGAGCUAGGUCUAAGAGUAUAA